AUGGACGACCUCUACGACGAGUUUGGUAACUUCAUUGGCGAAGCAGAGUCGGAUGAAGAUGUCCAGAGUACCGGCGAGGCAGCCGACGCCUAUGUCCUCGACGAUGAGGAAGAGGCCGAGGCCGAGGCCAACGACCAGCAGCUUAUGGAGGUAGAUGAAGGGCCGUCGAAUGCUGUAGUCCUUCAUGAGGACAAGCAAUACUACCCCUCCGCAUCUGACGUAUACGGUCAUGAUGUCGAGGUGCUGGUACAAGAGGAAGAUAUGCAAUCGCUGGCGCAGCCCAUUAUUGCACCAGUAGUCCAGAGGAAGUUCACAAUCCAGGAGACAGAUCUGCCGCCCGUACACCACUCGAGGGAGCUUCUGACCGAUCUCAUGAAUUUUCCCGACCAGAUACGGAACAUUGCCAUUGCUGGACAUUUGCAUCAUGGAAAAACGGCAUUCAUGGACAUGCUGGUCUUGGAGACGCACGAUAUCCAGGAUCGUCUGGAUUACAAGAAGGGGAAGAAGCGGGAGGAACAGCUGCGCUACACAGACGUACACGUGCUCGAACGCGAACGAGGCCUUUCCAUCAAGGCUGCCCCGAUGAGCUUGGUGCUCCAGAACACGAAGCUAAAGUCGCAUCUUUUCAAUAUCCUCGACACACCCGGACAUGUGAACUUCGCGGAUGAAGUAGCGGCAUCGUUGCGCUUGGUAGACGGAGUAGUACUCGUUGUGGACGUGGUCGAGGGCGUACAGGUCAACACAGAGCAGAUUAUCAAGCAUGCGGUGCUGGAAGAUCUUCCCAUCACACUCGUAGUGAACAAGAUGGACCGCUUGAUUCUGGAGCUAAAGCUACCACCCAGCGACGCAUACUUCAAGAUCAAGCACGUAAUCGAGGAGGUCAACACUGUCAUCGAGAACACUAUUCCAGGCCGCGGCGAGAGCAGACGAGUAAGCCCUGAAAAAGGCAACGUCGCAUUCGCCUGCUCCAGCAUGCGAUGGUGUUUUACGAUCCAGUCAUUCGCUAAGAUGUACUCCGAUUUCUAUCCCGGUCCCUCGAAGCUUCCAGGAUUCGGUGUUCCGAUGAAGGGCUUGGAUAUCGAGAAAUUCGCUAUGCGACUCUGGGGUGACAUUUUCUACAACCCAGGAAGCCGGAAGUUCAGUCGCAAGCGUCAGGAGGAAGGCUCACAACGAUCUUUUGUACACUGGAUUUUGGAGCCCGUCUACAAGAUCUACUCGCAUACUCUCAGUCAGAGUCCAGAUGAGCUCAAGGACACGCUCGAGGCUUUGGGCAUACGACUGAAGCCUUCUGAAUACAAGACUGACGCAAAGGAGCUAAUGCGUCUAGUAUGCCAACAGUAUUUUGGACCCUCCCUAGGAUUCGUAGACAUGAUCACACAGCAUAUUCCAUCACCAGAAGAGGGUGCGAAACGACUGCUGGAAAGACACUACACUGGACCUUUGGAUACAAAGACUGCAGAGGCGAUGCAGAAGUGCGAUCAGAACGGACCAUUGGUUGUGCAUGUAACGAAGCUCUUCAACGCAACAGACGCAAAGUCCUUUACUGCCCUAGGCCGAGUACUGAGUGGUACAGCGACUUCGCCCCAAUCGGUGCGUGUACUAGGAGAAGGCUAUACGAUUGAGGAUGAGGAAGACAUGGUUAUUGCGACUGUAACGGAUACAUGGAUAGCCCAGUCGAGAUAUAACAUUCCCGUUAGCGGUGUUCCGGCAGGUAACUGGGUGCUCCUAGGCGGCGUCGAUAACUCGAUAGUCAAGACGGCGACAAUUGUAGCUACCAAGCUCCCAGAAGACGAAGAUGCCUACAUAUUCCGACCCAUCCGACACUUUUUCGAAUCCGUCUUCAAAGUCGCGGUCGAGCCAAUUAAUCCCUCCGAACUACCCAAAAUGCUUGACGGUCUUCGCAAGAUCAACAAGUCAUACCCGCUCAUCACAACUAAAGUGGAGGAGUCAGGAGAGCACGUUGUUCUUGGUACUGGAGAGCUGUACAUGGACUGCGUUCUGCAUGACCUCCGACGGUUAUACGCAGACAUGGAGAUCAAGGUUUCAGACCCGGUCACCCGGUUCUGCGAGACUGUCGUUGAGAUGUCUGCCAUCAAGUGCUAUGCUCUUACGCCUAACAAGAAGAACAAGAUCACCAUGAUUGCGGAGCCGCUAGAUCCUGGAAUUGCAGAAGAUAUCGAGGCUGGCAAGGUGAACAUCAAAGACCCUGUGCGUGUAGUGGCCAAGUUCUUCGAAGAGAACUACGGAUAUGAUAUGCUCGCAUCGCGCAACAUCUGGGCAUUUGGACCGGACGAUAUGGGCCCGAAUAUCCUACAAAACGACACACUUCCUGCGGAAGUUGAUGGCAAGACCCUCAGAACGGUGCGAGAUACGCUUCGACAGGGUUUCAGCUGGGCUACUCGAGAGGGUCCGCUUUGCGAAGAGCCCAUUCGCAACACCAAGUUCCGUAUCACAGAUGUCGAACUGGCAUCAGAAGCAAUCUUCCGCGGAGGUGGUCAGAUUAUCCCCACGAGUCGUCGAGCCUGCUAUUCAAGUUUCUUGAUGGCGAGUCCUAGGCUGAUGGAGCCGGUAUACUCUUGCAGUAUGGUCGGUCCUUCGGACACCAAGAGUAGUCUAUACACUGUGCUUGCACGAAGGAGAGGUCAUGUUCUGCAAGACGGUCCCAUCGCAGGCACACCACUUUACAAUGUGCGUGGUCUUAUUCCGGUCAUUGAUUCCUUCGGUUUCGAGACCGAUCUUAGGAUUCAUACACAAGGCCAAGUCUCCCUCUCCCUCGUCUUUGAUCGUUGGUCCAUCGUCCCCGGCGACCCUCUCGAUAAAGAGGUGACAACCCGACCGCUCGAACCCGCAACCGCACAACAGUUGGCACGCGACUUUGUCCUCAAGACUCGCAGGAGGAAGGGUCUCGCGGAGGAUGUUACCAUCAGCAAGUUCCUAGAACCUGAGCUGUUCCGUAGUUUAAAGGAAAGUGGGGUGUUGGAUGGUUAGAAGCGGAAGCCUGUAUGAUAUAACUGCAUUGGAGUAAAGGGCGUUUUUCCACGCAGAUUGCGUGCUUGAUCUCAAAAGCAUAUGGGAGAUGUUGCAUGAACGUACGCUUGCUGGAAGCGAGAAGAAUGAAAUAUGCACUGCGCAUACUAUGAUAUGGCAGCUUCA